AAUUACAAUUCAGUUUCAGUGUCACGUGCCAUCGCACAUGGAAGAACCACGGUGAACUCAAAUUGUUGUACGAAUACGGACGAAAUAUGGUGAAACGAAAAGGAGGGAAGGCAAAGGGGAAAAAGGAGCAGCAGAGCGAUGAGGAGUUUGAGCAGCCGGAUGCAACAUCGCAGCAAUAUUACUACGAUGAAGUGGACGAGUUUCAUCACAACAGACAGAAGUUGCUGCUUGAUGCUGGAAAGGAUUUAAGACCAGUACCAGACGAUGACCUGGAGGAGUCCGUAUUGGGUGUUGAGUCGGAUUCAGACGAAGAUGAUUCUAGUGGGGCAGAAGACGAGGACAACAUACAAGAUAGAGGAGUCGGCGACAGCGACAUGGACGACACAGGAGAUGCCGACGUACCCAGCAGAGAAGCGUGGGGACGCAAGAAAUCGACCUACUACAAUGCUGACAAUAUCGAUGCCGAUGAGGGAGAAUCGGAAGAGGAGGCUGCGAGACUCGAGGAGGAGGAAGCGCUCUUCUUGCAGAGGAAGAUGGCUGAGCAGAUGGAUGAACAGGACUUUGGACUCGAUCUGUUUAAGGUACAGCCAGAAGCUGUGAAGGACGAAGGGGUGCCUGGCGACGAGGAGGAGAAGAUUGAGGUUGAUCUUUCAAAAUUGUCCAAAAAAGAGAAGCUCGAGUUGCUCAAGAGAGACUCUCCUGAACUACUAGGUCUAAUUGAUGACUUCAGGAGUAAGAUGCAAGAACUCAAGGAUGUACUGCAGCCGCUGUAUGACCUUGCCCAGUCCAGAAAGGUCCCACCGGGGAAUGGGGCACUCUAUAUUAAUGCCAAAUAUAACCUGUACCUUAAUUACUGCAUCAACAUUUGCUUCUACCUUGUCCUAAAGGCUAAGAGGACUCCAAUCCACAACCAUCCAGUUGUGAAGCGACUUGUCACAUACAGAAAUUUGAUCAACCAGAUGGUGCCCGCAGAUGAAGUGCUGAAACCAGAAAUCGAUGACAUUCUCAAAAGACUCGCAAAUGGAGAGCACAUUCCCGUGACAGAGUUAUCUAGCAGCGAAAUACCAGUCGCAGUGGCAGCAGCAUCAGCGAAGCCAAAACGAGAUAAGAGGGUUCAGUUCAAGGCUCAAGUUGCAAGCAAAAAGAGGACUGAAGCACUGCUGGACAGUUCAAACAAGCAGGACGACUUUGAGGCACAAUUCGCAACUGGAGGCAGAACUUGGGGAAGGAAAAGGGCAUUUAUUGCAGAAGAAGAUAACGUUGAUGUAACUGAAGCAAAACAAAGACGGGAGGAUGGAGAAGAAGGAGAGCAUGAGGUUGGAGAUGUAGAUGAAGAAGACAUGAAACGUCCAAUCAACUACCAGAUCAUGAAGAACAAGGGCUUGACACCGAAGCGGAAGAAGGAGCAGCGAAACCCACGUGUAAAGCACAAAGAGAAGUACCGUAAGGCUCUUGUCAGGAGGAAGGGACAGGUACAGAUGGCACGCACUGAGAUGCAGAAGUAUGGUGGCGAGCACACGGGCAUUCGCGCAGGCCUCAAGAAGGGAAUAAAGUUAAAGCUCUAGCACUGUGUGCAGAGCAAUGAUCUUUAAUGUUGGUAGGAAAGGAGUGGUCAUUAUGUGUGAAGUUUACAACAGUGGUUUCAUUCCGUGUUGUCAGCUAACUGUGGGGUGGGUAUAUGUCAAAAGUUAUGUCGUGUUAUGUCAUUUCUUCCAGUACAUUUUUUUUUUGCUUUUAGUUUAAUUCUUCUUUAGUUCAUUUAUAAAAUUAUAAGGAGCAAUAUUAUUUGCAGAUUGGAAACAAUGGAAGUAAACAAUUUUAUCGGUGAAAACUCUG